AUGGCGGAAUCGAACUCGUACGAGGAGCAGCGCCGGAGGCAGAUUGAGGAGAACCGCCGGAAGCUGGAGGAGCUCCGCCUGCACCACCUCUCCGCCGCCGUCCGCGAGGCCGCCGCCAGGCCCAAGCCCAACCCCAAGCCCAGGCCGGUCCGUCAGAUCCUCUCCCUUCUUCUUCCUUGCCUCGGGUCGGUCUUCCGUUUCCUUUUCGCCCGUGCCCGUAUAUAUCACUGGUCCGCUCGUCCGGUGUCGCAGAAGCGCAAGGCCCCGGAGCCCGGCGAUCUCCGGCGGUCCGGCCGCGUCGCCGGCCUCCCGGAGCAGCCCAACUACCUCGAGGGCGCACUUCAGCGCGACUACCGUGGAGUGUACGAGGCGUAUGCCGCUUCGAAAACGCCGACCGCCGAGGAGAGGGCCGGCGCCGUCGCCAAGGCCGAGGAGCUCAAGCGCCGGAUCCACCGCAUCCGCUGCCCCGCCUUCGUCAGGCCCAUGUCCCACGAAUGCGCCACCAGAUCAAUCCUGAUGCAAAUCCCCAAGCACUUCAUCGAGUAUCUCCCGGCGCACGAUGAGGCAGCCGUCUUGGUGGACGAGGCGGAUGACGAGUUCCACAUGAUGUACAAUGCCCACAGAAAGGGCAAACACUGUCACUACUACCUCGACAAGGGGUGGAGACGGUUUGCUGCCGACCAUGACCUUGCCGAUGGCGAUUGCUUGGUUUUCCACAUGACGGAGAGGGUAAAGUUCAAGGUCUACAUUUUUAGAGCAAACCCAGACUAUGAAAGCGACCAAACUUCCGAUGACUCUGAUGAUGAAGAGAGAAGCACGCUCUCCGCUGAUGUUGGAAUCGGCUACCGCGAUUUCGUGCUGGUUGCGUGUAGAGUUGCAAUCUCAGACCCUGCCAUUGUAGCAGACCUGCAUUAUAACAUAGGUUUGAUAGGAGUAGCAGAAAUUCUGCAGGGCAAAGUGUCUUGGUGGCUUGGGAGUAAUCGACUUGAACUUGCAGAGUCUGGCAUUCCAACUGCAAUGGGCUUGGCUGAAGCGCAUAGAUCUGGCUGCUAG